UAUUCAGUCGGCGGCCGUCUUCCGUGACGCUCGCUCAUCGUCUUUAUCCCGGGACCGUGUCACAUUUUUUGUUUUUGUUUUUGUCGGUGGGGGUUUCCUUCUUCUUCUCCUUGGUCGUUUGAUGGCCGUGUCCAGUGUCCAGGGAAAACGGCGAGCCUAUAGAGAAAGAGAAGAGGGAGGAAAGCAGAGUCUAAUAACACAACGACAUUUAAAUUUGAUUUGAUUUAGAGAGAAUUAUUGUGUUGGUGGUUGAUGUGUUGUUGUGUGUGUGUGUCUGAGUGUGUCUGAGUGGUGUGCCGUGUGCAGUCAUUUUCCCUUCUGCCCGUCUCUCUCUUGUUUUGUUUCUUCUCUUCUCUCUCAUUCUCUCGUUCGCUCUCAUGUGAAUACGACGGGCAAUUACUUAAAGGGACGCGCGGUCGUGAGCGGAGCGAGGAACUGGCACGAGCCGAGAGAGAGAAAUGGAAGAUGGGAAAAUAGGCAAACGAGUGUUAACUGGUCUUGUUCGUCAUCGUGUUGUGGCAGAGUCCAAGUGAGCGCGGUUUUUUUUUCUCCGGGCUCAUGUUGUUGUUGUUGUUGUUAUUAUCGAAUCCCCACCACCACCGCAAAUGUGUUGACGAGAGUGUCCGCCGCGGUCCCGCUUCAAAGUCUUUUGGCCCGAGAGACUUUUGCUCCUCUCUGCGUGUUUGUGAUGGAUGUUUCAUCUCGUCGCUGCGGAAUUUCAGGAACGGCUCAGACGCCAGUCUGAGCUGCGAACGUCACUGACACACUGGCAGCCAACUUCUCUCUGCUUCUUACACGUCGGCCCGACUUGGGAAAUUUCUUUUCAACUGUUGGCGGGGGGAACUCGCACCGCUGCUGCCAUCGCCCUUCAUCAGUCACGCCAGUUUCUCUUGAUGCUCACGCCCGGCUCCCGCAUUUCGAUUGCGUUCCAUCCAGAAAGAAGACGCCAAACAGAGGAGACGAGCGUAAUAGACACGGCGGCAGUCCAACACUGUUUAUAGCAAUCAAAACCGCACUAGGCAAGAAGAAGAGAAAAACAAAAGGACGAACGGCUGGGAAAAGAGAAAAAAAGAUCGAACAAGUUCCAGCUGCUGCCGCCGCCGCUUUAUUUUUUUGUUUUAAACGUUUCAGUGGCAUUUCUAAAAUUAUCAAAGAACGACACGGCGGCCACCUACUACUUCGCCAUCAACGUGUCGCUGAAACUCGCCCAGACAAUCAAGAAGAAUUGAAUCUUAGUCGUAGAGCGUUGCGAGGAGGAGCUGUUGGAGAGACGUUGAAAGUGAGUCCAGCAAAGAAGGAAGCUGCAGCACCGCCAGAUAAACCGACCUUCCAGCUCGAUGGGACAGUACGGGAUUGUUUGGACAGUUGAAUCAGAUCAGUUCGGCCAUCACGAGCAGACCCACAGGAGCAGUAUUGCUGGAGACGGCGGAAGCGGAGGCACCGGAUGAUCCUCGCGUCUCCCUUUGGUCGAUCCGAAAAAAGAGAACGAAAAAGAGAGUGAAAAUCGACGUCCACUUUAGCCAGAAAGCAGCAGCAGAGAAGCAAUAUAAGCUGGCUUCAAACAUAUCCCGAGGACCCGUUUUACGCAACUGUGGGUGCCCGAUAAAGAGGCCACUCAUUUCACUCACGCACAGCACACCACAAAUACUACAAGUUACACAAAAGGUGGCUCCCUGGUCUCAGGAUACACAUUCUUCCCGGUUCUACCGUAGCCAAUCCUGCGCUAUCGCCCGCGUUUCAAGUGGGGCGAUUGCAUUAGUGAAAUUUUGCGAUUGGAUUUGUUUGUGAUCGCGUGAGAUCAAGGAGCGUCACCAUCUGCACAUGCGAUCGCUCCCUGGUGUAGUGCGUGUCGAAUUGAAGCGACUCGGCUGCGGAAGCAACUAAACGGCCUCAUCAUGAAUUUGAUGUACUUUAAGAAUUUGCGGGGCGACAGGGACGGAGGGACGACGGGGCUGCUGAGCAACACGAGAAGGACGGCCGGCAUAGACGGUGGCGGUGCCAGCAGCGGAGGGCCCAGUUACGGCGGCGUCAGAGGUCUCAGCGCAGGGGGCGGUGCCAACUCGCGCUCCUGGUUCAACGCCGGAGUGACUGGGGGAAGCGGCGGGGUAGGGGGCGUGUCAUCUCUGGUUCGAGCUCCGGGUCCAGGCAGCGGACUAGCGUCUUCUCUCGGCACAGCUGCUUGUGGUGCUUCAGCCACAGGUGCGGGAGCAAGCACUGGCGGUGGUUCGGCGGGAGCGUCUGGCGGCAGUGGCCUCACCAGCACCGGCACAGAGAUGCAUCACUUACGCACUCACCCGCUCGGUCUCUUCGACCUUCCUCGACACGCUGCCGACGGCAACGGAGGCGGAGGUUUCGACGAUCCUGACCGGGGAGGAUCGGGCGUUUCGCGAAAUUCGGCCCUGGCAUCCACCGGCACGUCGGCGGCCGCCUCUUCGGCCAACAACCGCUGGAGCCACGGCGGAUUGGACCGACUGGACCCCAUCAUCGGCGGCGGAAGCGGUGGCGGCGGCGGCGGUGGCGGUGGUGGUGGCGGGAGCAAUAGUCGGCCCGACUACCGCUACACUCGCGUCGAUCGACAGAGAAUGGUGGACAGUGCCGUCGAUACGAGUGGCGUGACUGGCGGCUCACGCUCGGUCCGCAGUGGACUCUACGCCGGCGAGCACCAGUUCACCGGCGAGGUGUGUUUGAGUGUGUCGGGAUUGAGCGGAAGCGGCAACCAGGCGAGAGGAACUGUGCAAGUCAGCGGUAGGACGGGCAAGCAAGUUAGUUUCGGCCGUCAUAGUCCCGACGUCAGUGGCAGUGGCAACAGUGCUGGAACCAUGGAGCGAGAGCGAUCGCGUGAGUCAGACAAACGAUUACGAAGUUCAGGAGGCGCUGGUGGUGCGGGACCAGUCAUUGGCGGCGGCGGAGUUUCAUCCAAUAAGGAGAACAGCGAGAACAGCAGUCGAUCGACUUUUCCGCGCUCCUCCAUCGUGGCCAGCAAACGCUCCAGUCCCGAACGAAUCCUGGCCACCGACAGAGGGCGGCCUUCCUCUCGUGACGACUCGGCAGACGGUCGCAGACGGCGGCCCAAUUCCGGUCUAAUGACGGCCGAAACCAGUUUAUCAUUGCCGGACAGCCGCAGCAUUAGCCAGCACAGUCGAGGAGGCAGCGGGUCGGGCCGGCGAGGUGUCGACGGCCGCGAUGUCAGCAACCGCAUUUGCUCCAACAACGAGCCGACCUUCGACGAGCUCAUCGAUCCCAAGGAUCUCAAUUUGAACGAGAUUGCGCGCGACUGUUUCAUCAUCCCCGUCCAUUUGGUCAAUCGUUUCCUACCUCUCGGCGUCACGCUGCCUCAAACGGGUCGGGCGUCAAUGAGCGUCGUCGAGGUGGAUGAUCCGCAACUCAUUAUUUUGCUGCAUUUCAUGACGCCUUUCAUGGCCAUCCAGCCAAUCUUCGAAUCGCCGCUGGCCCGCCCGGCUUCCCUACAAGGGAGCAUGGCAUCCCAGCUGCUCAUCGACUUGCUCCGAGAUCGACCCGGUGCCCACGGCAUGCUCCUAGUCAGCAUCGAGCAGGACGUGGACUACCCGUACAUCAAUUACGGAGUGGCCAACCGGCAGCAGACCAAUGGAGAAGAGUGGCAGCAGACGGCCAGAUUGGCCUCACUCGAGCGGUUCGAGCCGCAAAACUUGCGCUACUUCAGCGACCACUUGGUCGACGUUUACGAGGAAGCGGCCACCAUCGCUCGGCCGCCGCUCCAGCCCGCCUGCCGACGCCCACUCUCCAACAAGACGGGCUACAUCGUCUGCGUCUACAAGGUGUUUGACGGCGACGACGGCGAGAAAUUCGAGCGCAACUGGCUCUACUGGACAGGAGCCCGGAUUUUGUACCAAUGCGUGCCGCGUUGCGUCGGACUCCGGCGGAUCACUUUGCACAAGUCCGUCUCUGCCGGCGACAAACUCUACACGCUCAUGUGCGAGUGUUCGAGCUUCAUGGACCAUUUGCAAGAGGCGGCCUACAUCGCACCUGCGCUACGCGCCCGUCUCUGCGGCUACUGGUCAAUUUACCGAGUGGCGGACGUGUACUAGACUUAGAUGUCCUCCUCCCUCCCCCCCUCCUCACUCUCCUCAACGACGACGACGACCAAAUAAAUCACCAAUGGAAAGAAAUAAAAUGAAAUCCCCCCUUCCACAAAAAAAAAACUAAAAUAAAAACACGAAAAAACGAAAUCCCCCCCAAAAAAACUAAAAUAAAAAAAAACUAGUCAAGUAAAAACAAUAAAAUUUCUCUCGUGAAUCCAUCUGUCUUUUAUCUUCUUGUCCUUGUCACGGCCGUCACAUUUUGCUCCAUCGAUUUCAUUCCCCUUUUUCUCCCCCCCCAUACCCGUUCUCUCUCGCUCUAAACUUUCUUACAAUCAAUCUGUCUGUCAAUCUAUACCUUUUUACUCUCUUUUUUUCUGUUCAUAAUUCUCUCUUUCUCUCUCUCUGUCUCUUUCUCUCCGAUCGAUCUGUCAAUUUUCCCCGUCAUUUGUCUCUCUCCUUUUCUUUCUCUCCAAUUUCUUCUUUCUUUUAACGUGAAUGUUAUCGAGCAGCGCGGCGGAAAGGAAAACGACGAACCGAAUUCGACAACGACGACCGUCCGAAAGAGAGAAAAGUAAUUUCGCCUAAUUUGGGGGAAGACGACUCAACUUUGAUUGUCGUUUCUGUCUCGUUCGGCCAACUUGUUGUUGUACCCCACACUCAUCAUGGAAAAUCUCAAAUGGAUUGAAGAGCUAAAGUCUCUCUCUCUCUCUCUCUCUGCCAUCGCCGCACAACUUGUGUCAUUCCAGCCAAAAAACAAAAAUCACCGCUGAAGGAAAAAUAAAAACGCGCGUCGACGUUUUGAAAUGGAAACCUCAAACAAAAACAUUUUUAGCGCGCAUCUUUUCAAAAUGAAAAAAAAAAAAAGUUCUUCUAUCAAGUUUAGCGUCUUUCACACCCACACACAUACACACACACAAAUGUGCAAGCAACAACAACAAACAAACAAACUGGAAACACUGGGCAAAACAUUCAUCAGCGUCAGAACGUCAAAAAACGACGACUUUUCCAUUUCCUUCAUCUUUCGUAUUUCUUUCAUUUGAUUAAUUCCCCCCCUACCCCACCUUCAUCAUUUCAUCAAUUUCCUCUUCGUGCAACUUUGCGAGUGUAUGUCUGCUGUGCGUGUAAUUUAUUUUAGAUUUUUUUUUUGUCUGUCUUGCGUGAGGUCUGUUUGCGAGCGUGAUAUUCAAAUCGAUAUAGCUCCCGAGAGUGGUCGUUGUUGUUGUUGUUGUUGUCCCUCCUCCUUCUUCUCUCUCUCUCUCUCUCCCCUUUCGCUCUAUAACGCUGUUGUGUAUUUAUUCCAAUGUUAUUCUACUCGGCACUCAAAAGACAAACACACAGACACACAACAACACAAAGACCCAUAGUGGUUGAUUAUCGAAAUCAAUUUCUUUUUGUUUUGUUUUUGUUAUUCGUUUUUGUUAUCAUUCAAUUUUCGGAAUUGAAUGAUGUCUCGUCUUUUAUUUUUUGGUUUGGGUCGCUAUCUCUUCUCUAUCCCGCCCAGCUUGAGUCAUUUGUUUCAUUUGCUGCCGACUUUUUCUUAUGGUGACUACCGAUUUUGGUUGUCGUGUAAAAAAAUACCUACAACGCCGUGCGCAAUUGUUCAUGCACGGGACGAUUUACUGUUAUGAAUAACUUAUACAUAUAAUGUGACGUCAAUUUGAAAAAAGAAGAAUAAUUAUACAAAACGACAAGUC